AUGAAAGUACCUAUUAUUGAGAACCCAGACCAAUAUUCAACGGAUUUUAUGAAAUGUCUUAGCUAUCUUGCAGAUAACUGCAGUGAUAUUGUCAAUGCCACCGGCCAGCAUAGCGAUAAUGAUUUUGGCAGCUACUCUAAUAAUUCAUCCAAAGCCUUAGAUGUUGUCGUAUUUGGCGGAUUAGGUGGGCGUGUUGACCAAGGAUUUGCCCAAAUCCACCACCUAUUCUGUACUACUACAUCUGCUUCGGAACAGAUCAGACGGCCAAAUGGUGAAUUAUAUCUCAUCUCCGAGGAGAGCAUUUCCUUUUUUCUACGCCCGGGGAACAACGUAAUACGGACCUUUGGCGGCUCGUAUUUUGGGAAAGUGAAAGAAGCCAGCUCUGGGUUAAGUGGUCGUCAAACAACUAAUGCAGACCAGCAAGCCUACUUCUCGGAAAAUAUAGGAAUUAUCCCCAUCGGAGGUCCGUCGAUAAUAUCCACACAGGGCCUCGAAUGGGAUGUGAGUGGUUGGAAAACAGAAUUCGGUGGUAAUCUAAGUACGAGCAACCAUAUCAGAGCGGACUUGGUCAAGGUCGAAACCUCAGCCCCGGUACUCUUUACCGUGGAGCUAGCACCGAGCUUGAAACUAGAUGUAUUGAGCUUCCCUAGAUGA